AUGUUUCGGGAAAUUGUUUUCUGUGCAUUGGUGUUCUGCGGCGUUCAGAAAUCUGAAUCGGCUUUAACUGUUUGGUCCGGUGACGGCACACUAACUGGGGCCGAUGGAACAAUAACACUUACUGCACCGUUGCCCGAGGACUCAGCUGCAGGAACAACAGUUGUUUCACUUACAGCGGCCAGUGAUGGCACCGCAAUCUCAGGAUACACGGUCACCGGAACUCCAAGUGUGGUGACAUUAGCCGACGUUACUAGCCACAGAUGGCACUUUAACCGGAACUGCUACUGUUUCAGUGCAAAUUGGAGAUGUCGGCCCUUUUACAACAACAACAAAAGAGCUAUGCGUAGAGGAUGGUUUAGGUCCAGGUAAAUCGGUUGGUGACAUUUCUGCUACCGGUGUCAACACUUACGCGACAACUGGUA